AUGGCCACAAACUUGGAGCGAUCAGCAAUACGUUCAGUAAAUGAACGGCGAUUCAAUUUAUUGGAACUUUGCAAUGAUCUUUGGGAAAAUGUAUUAUGCAGGGUACCAUCCGCAAAUACUAACGAUUUGUGGAAUGAACAUUUGAAAAUACGACUUCAAUUAGACGAAAUUGAUUCAAUUCAAAAGCAGUUGACUCAAAAUGACAGCGUUCGUAGCCCUGUUGGUAGUCGUGAGGAGGCCAUUGAACGGUUUGUAGAUUGGGCCGACCAUAUGUGUAUCGAAAUGAAUGGAAUUCGGAUUAGGUGUUCAAACGAUGAACGUGGAUUCGGAUUGGAGACAACGCAGCCCAUUCCAAAAGAUACAGAAUUGUUGCGAGUGCCACGAAAGGCGAUGCUUUCUUGGGAUAAUGCACGUAAAUCUGCAAUGCUCAAAAAAUGUUUCGAAAAGGACAUGAUAGUGAAAACAAUGGAUAAUGUAGCACUGGCAUUAAUGGUCUGUUGUCAGAAACUAAUGCCGAACUCCAACUGGAUACCAUAUUUCAAUGCACUUCCACAAGCGUUCACCACUCCACUUUAUUUUACUGCUGCCCAGAUGCAGAUACCAUGUUUAAUACCAGUCCUUGAUAUGGCGAAUCAUGAUUUGAAUGCAAACAAUCGUCAACCAUUAACGGUGCAUUUCUCGGUUGAAGAUGAGUGCGCUUGCAUCAAGGCUGCAAGUGAUUAUUCAGUAGGUGAUGAGGUAACAAUCUUCUAUGGUAAUCGAAGUUCAGCUCAAUUUCUACUUCAUAACGGUUUCGUUGCUGAUGGCGAGAACAAAUUCGACACGUAUAAACUCAAAAUUGGUUUUCGACGAGAUGACAAAAACGGAAAGACGAGAUUGCAGUUGAUGUAUGAUGUUGGUUUUAAUGUCGAGUCGAGAAUAUUCGUUUUCGAAAUCAGUCUGGGAUCAGAACCAGUUCCUCAGUCACUUCUUGAUUUUGCCCUCGUUUUCCUAACUGAUCAACCAUCCUCAGUAACCAUUGAUCAGUUGCGUUCGAAUUGCGAACUGAAGCGAAGAGCAUGGAAUUUCUUAAUGAAUCGUUUUGCUCUGCUUCAACGUGCUUAUGGAUCUCGUCAGCAAAAACAAGUGGAUUCUGAGGAUCGCCUUAUCGAGCAAAUGAUUUCGAGGUUGAAGCACUCCGAGUUACGCAUUCUAAACAACGCUGAGCUGUUCUGUGCUCAACAAGCCAAAUCACUGAAAUAA